UACAUAGACAACCACUGAAAAAAUGACCUAGCUGAAUAACAAGACAGUCAUUAGUUUAGCUAAUAACUAAAGACAGAUGAAAUUUGAACAAAGAAUCUCUUUGAGGAUAUAAAUGUGUAGGAGUGAAUGAUUAGCGGACUGAAACGCAACCUCUUUUAUCUCUGACAUGAAUAAUUUGCAUGUGAUCUCUCUUCCUCUUUACCACCUCUGUCAAAAUUUAGAGCAGGAUAGGUCACUCAUUCUGGUUAAAGUUGGGUCAUAAGACAUCGUUAGUAAUUCCUGAUAACCCAGUUAUAUUCAGACACUUUAAAUGAUUGAUAACUGAUAAAAACUGUGUGAGCACAACCAAAAAGAAUAAAUCUUUUUGCUUGUCUGUAAUGAAGAAGAUGAACUCCCUGGCAUUUCUCUGUGCAUAAAUGAUUGGUCACCAUGAAAAGGGGAAAGAGGCUAAGUCUGCAUCUUUGAAAUAUUAUGAUGAUGUAUUGAUUGUACCAGAGCAGCAGCUCCCUAUGUCACUGUAUGAAACGGCUGAGCAGUCAGGUCUAGAAAAUUUAUGUAGAUGUGCUUGGGGUUAAUUUUAGAGUGCUUGUAUGUGACCUAAUAUGGAUUUUUUUUGUUGAAGGUCCUCUCUCUGUGGAAAUAUAAAGACAUUAACACAUACUCUGAGAUUCCCAGGCUUUCAUGAAUGAUGCAUUAGAUGUGUGUUGUGGGUUAUAGUUUCCCUCACAAUAGAAUCAGUUUGUGUUUCCUCAAACAGUUUCUCUCCUUUUCUAGUCCAGCUGGGGGCUUCCAGUCAGAGUAGGAGGGCUGAAGGGCUGUGCGCAUUACAGACGUAGGUGGCCUGCAGGGUCUCCUUUCUUUACAAUUGCUGCAUUAUGAAGCAACUUAACUGAAGCCAACAAACAAGACAAACAGAUUCAAAGAGUGUGAAGAUGCCCAGUGGACUCGAAUUUGUUCCCAUGUCACUCUUUGCUUUUCUUUGCUCUUUGGCAAAGGAUCAUCCAAUGCAUAAAAGGUGGCAUUUUCUUUUCCAAACAUUUUUUCAAUUGCCAAUAUGAAAUUGCAAACUGAGUCAAUUAUUUUUUGUUUUUUUUUGUUUUUGUUGCAGGUUUGGUUUUGGGGGAUUUUAAUUGGAUGCUCUGUUUAUUACUGCUAGUGUUAAAUCACACCGAAUUUUGAGUAAAUCAGCCUCCUGCAUUUCAUUAUUAAUUAAUGUAGUGAUCAAUCUGACAUGAAUGAUGAAAUGUAUAAUAAAAAAAGACCAGGAGUCAACCUGGGGGCAAGAAGGAACAAUGGCUACAGCUACAACCCAGUAGUCGUAUUUGUCUAUUAAUCUUACUAUAGAUUAAUAGUAAGAUUAAUAAACAAUUUUACCAAUUUAUUAGGAUUGCUUAGACCUUUCUUAGACCUCAUAAAUCUAAGCAAUCCCACUUGUGUGGCUGAGGACAUCAGUCUCUCCUCUAGCUAGGAGUCACAGCCUGCCAGUGCUCUCCAACACCUCACCUCCAUCUAUUAAAACUGCGAAAUAUUAGUGCUACACCAUGUAAUUCCUCUGUGGCGUAUCUCUUGACUGAAGGUCAGCCACACUUUCUCCUGCUUUCAGUCCAGGUGACUGUGGCUUCAGGCCACUAUUCACCUGUUACGCGGAUCAGUGAAAGCGUGGAUUGUUUUGGCGAAGUCUCCCCAUAUAGAAAAGCAUAACACAGAAACUCUCAUCAGGAUGACAGAAAUUGAAAGCAGACACACUAACAGCAGAUUCUCUUAACGACUGAACGAGAGCAACUGAUCAGAAGUCCCACAGAUAACAUGUCCUGUUGAAGACUUGACCUUUAACGACCUGUUUCUUAGUCGUCAGCAAAAACAAAAUCUUUCUCCAAAAAGUCCAUUUCACAUCAAGAAGAACAAACCAACCAGCAGCAGAAACGUGUCAGAUAUGCAUUUUAAAGGAUGUUGGAGUUCUAAAUCCACCUAAUCUAGCCUUAAAAAAUAGGAAAUGGAAAUGGGAAGAAGUCUAAAAGUAUAGCCGAUUUGAACAGGGCAAAUGAGGGCAAUGGGUUUAUGACAGAAACCUAGACUCAAGUGGAGGAGGUGAAAUAUCUUGAUGUCUUCUUCAUGAGUGAUGGGCAAACAGAUUGAGGUCUUUAUGCCGUUUCUCAGGUGCGGCUCCAGUCUGCUGUCUUGCAGAUGCAGCUGAACUAAAAUUCAAAACUCUUCGUCUUGUUUGCUUUCCGUCUUUUAUGUAUGGUCAUGAGAUGUAGAUCAUGACAAAAAGCAUGAUCUACAUGCUUUUUGUAGUUUGUAUAGUUUUAGAUGAGCACACUAAAACUAUAUGGAUGAAGAUAAGGGAUUUAGAAAACCUCUGGAGCAAACAUAUCAGCAUAGAAAGCCCAAUCCAUCAAAUAAUCUGGUGAUUCUCUUUAAACUGUGCAUAGUCAUCCACAUGUAGCAAUAUAUUUAUCGGUCUUUUAUUUGAUAAAGACGUAUUCUUUGUCAAUAAAAACAGUGAAAAGAGGACAGUCUUAAAGCCUGUCACGGCUUUCAAUGUGAUAUAAGAUUUUCUUCAGUGCAGCCAAGCCAUUUAAAAAGCUCCUUUGACAUCUUUACAUGUGAAGAGUGAGUCAUCAGCCUUGCAUUGCUUAUUAGACGUGGCAUUUAUAAGCCAUUAACUCUUGGCCUAAUCUACAUUUAAUGCACUGAUAAGCUAAUGGAAAAGUUGCUUUUCUCUGUGAUUUUUUUAAAUACAGAUAUUUAAAAUAACUGUUUUACUUCUCUUCUCUCUCUUUCCUAAGUUGUCAGUACUUUGAGCUUUGGUUAGUUUGAGAGUGACUGUCUGCAGUGUCUGGAUCCAUCAAGGUUUCCUGCUGUCAUGACCAACUGUUCCCCUCUGAUAACACAAGAUUCAUGCCCUUUGAACAUAAUAACCUAAUAGUCCUUGCUACUUCUGUCACUUUUUUCUCACAGUGCAAGACAAAGAAGGGGGAUUGAGUCAAACGACGUGAAAAGGAGAUGCAGUAGAGAGAUACAGAGGGAUGGAAAUAACUGUCCUUUUUUUCCACCAUUAUUUACAGUCAUGGGGGUGUGCGCCUGGAUUGUAAAGCUGCUUAGUGCUAUGAUUUAGCUGGGGGAUUUGAAUCUGUGCUCACCCCCACUUCAAGCACCCGGGUGGAGGCGGACAAAGAAAGUGAGAUGGAGGGGGAGUGUGUGCAUGUGUGUGAUAGUGGGAAACGGCGUAGGAGAAGUGCAAUCUGGUUUGGCUCCAUGUGAAAAUGACCUACUUCCUGUUAGCUCACUCUCAAACCGAAUGCUGUUUUCUGAUGUGCAGAAGAACGAAUGGGAGGUCCUCCGAGGGGUCUGAGGGGGGAGAGGCUGACGUGGCAUGGCAAAAUGAGGGAUAAUGCCCGAGGACUUGUCUUUGGAAGAGAGAGAUGAGCUUUCGAACAUACGACGCAGAAAAAAAGAGCUUCUUGAUGAUAUCGAACGGCUGAAAUUUGAAAUAGCUGAAGUAAUGAAUGAGAUUGAACAGCUUACCUGUGUUGGGGAGAGCAAAACCUCACAAAGAAACAAACAGAUUGCCAUGGGAAGGAAGAAAUUCAACAUGGAUCCUAAAAAGGGAAUCCAGUUUCUUUUGGAAAAUGAUCUUCUCCAGAACACUCCUGAGGACAUCGCACAGUUCCUCUACAAAGGCGAAGGGCUCAACAAAACAGUCAUUGGGGACUAUUUAGGGGAACGGGAUGACUUUAAUAUCAAGGUCCUUCAGGCAUUUGUGGAGCUUCAUGAAUUUGCAGACCUCAACCUUGUUCAAGCCUUAAGGCAGUUUCUGUGGAGUUUCAGACUUCCUGGUGAAGCCCAGAAGAUCGAUCGCAUGAUGGAGGCGUUUGCCUCUAGGUACUGCCAGUGCAAUCCUGGUGUCUUCCAGUCCACAGACACUUGCUACGUCCUCUCAUUUGCCAUUAUUAUGCUGAAUACCAGCCUUCACAAUCCCAACGUCCGAGACAAGCCCCCGGUGGAGCGCUUCAUUUCCAUGAACAGAGGGAUCAAUGAGGGAGGAGAUCUCCCCGAGGAGCUACUCAGGAAUCUCUACGACAGCAUUAAGAGUGAACCCUUUAAAAUCCCAGAGGAUGAUGGGAACGACCUGACGCACACAUUCUUCAACCCAGACAGAGAAGGAUGGCUGCUUAAAUUAGGGGGAAGAGUGAAAACCUGGAAGAGAAGGUGGUUCAUCCUGACGGACAACUGCCUCUACUACUUCGAAUACACAACAGACAAAGAGCCUCGUGGGAUCAUCCCACUGGAGAACCUCAGCAUCAGGGAAGUGGAAGAGCCCAGAAAACCUAACUGCUUUGAGUUAUAUAACCCUAAUCACAAAGGCCAGGUGAUCAAAGCCUGCAAGACUGAGGCAGACGGACGUGUUGUCGAGGGCAACCAUGUGGUAUACAGGAUAUCGGCGCCUACGCCCGAGGAGAAAGAGGAGUGGAUUAAAUCCAUUAAGGCAAGCAUUAGCAGGGACCCUUUCUACGACAUGCUGGCCACCAGGAAGAGGCGCAUCGCCAACAAGAAGUGAAGAGAGACAAUCAAGUCAAGCUCCAAAGUGCUCUAUCUUCCUCUCUUUUGGUUCAUGGAGACACAAAUGGGAUGCCGCUAAGCUGGUUCACUUGUGAAGCUGAAGACCUGAAGACAAACCUGGACACUCUAUAAGUGAGGGGAACAUAUAAAUCUCAACUGUAAUGUAGAAACCAAUUGAACCAGCCUGUUUGUGUCCUCUUUAUCUCAUUUAUCGCCCCCUGCUCAUAUCAAAACAUGUUUUAGUUGCCCCCUAAAGCACAACUGCCAUGUUUCAGGUGCACAUGCAUGUAUGUGACUUAUUAUAAAGAACUAUGUAUGUGUUUUGUAUGUGUGUGCAGCAGUGUGCAUGUUAAGUUUGUUUGCAUAUAGUGUGAAAGUAUUUCCUCCACUGUGCUUUAAAGAAAAAAAGUUGUUGAAGCUAAAAACCAGAGUUCAGGUGGAUGGUCAUCAAUACCGAGGUUAGAAGAAUAAACAGGAGGAGGAAACAGAUGGACGUUUUUAAGGAAUGGUGGCUGUGGUUCAGUGGAACCACAGCUGGACCACGGCGUCAUCUCAUUCUGGUGCUGAGCUCGUCUCUCCUGGUGCCCUGCUCAGAGAAACCUCAAAAAGGUGUCAAAGUAUAGACUAUGUUCUUUUCUUUGGGAGCAGAGACUUGAAAUGUGCAUACUUUGUUAUAUUUUGAUUUAGUAAUGGUGCUUUUAUAUGAGACUUCAAAACGUAAACCUUUCAGACCUGAAGUUGUAAUCCUUAUUCCCCAAUCAGACUUCUGGGCACCAGCUUUUUGUUUUAAUAUCAUUGGAAAACGUGAUGCACUUCGUUCCCACAUUGCCUUCAAACACAUUUAUCACUAUAGAUUUAUAAUUUGACCUCAACAUAAGCCAGGCUGUCAGAUAUUUUGAACAUUUUGAAAAUACAAGCUCUUCAGGUCUCACAUGUCAUGUAAACGGCACCUUUGAAGAUUUAGCGCAACUGUGAUUCAAUGACCCAAUAAUGACAUUGCACAUACUCAUGUUACAUUUUGUAGCAUUAUGCAGCAGGAGUAUGAGAAUGACCUUCUGAAGAUCUUGAGGAUUUUAGAAUGAAAGAGAAACUUAGGAAUUUAAUCUGUCUGAUUAUUUCAACUAAUUAUAGCCAAGAUGGUGACUUCAGGGAGAAGUGAUGUUUCUACUGUUGUUGUUUUUCACACAACAUAAAACAAAAGUCCGUCAAAAUAAGCACAGAUACCUCAAAGGUACAAUAGGACUUGAUGUUCCACAAAAUCUUGCAUAUUUCCUCAAGUUGAUCCCCAGGUUUAAAAAAAUGACAGACUACAUCAUGUGCAUAAGAAGCAUUAAAUGAUUGGUUUCAAAGCUAAUUAUACAGCUAAUUACAACCUUUUGUUAUACUGUCUCUGUAGUCUACAAGCUUUAUAAUGAGAUCCUAGAAAAGUAUCAUAGAGCUGCCACUUUAGAAACACCUAUUCUACUUUGGUACUUCACUUGAUUGCAGCACCUAAAACUUGCAUUUAACUUACUUGGCUCAUACUUUGAAGACAAAUUCUUAUCAACAAUACCUGGCAUUAGCUGGUGCUAAAAUAUAUCAAGAGUUCUGAUUUCUGGGGUAUCUUAAAGAUUACGAUUUCAAAAGAGCUUUCAUUUUCAGAAAGCCAUUUUGAUCUAAAGGAAGGGUUUGUUUUUCUCUCUGCAGCAGCCCAGUUGGUACCAGUCCAAUUAAGCUCUUUCCAGAUUUUUUUUAAAUUUCUCUUCUGCUUAUGUUGGUGAAAGUUAGUGUAUUGUUGUGAUCCUGUUUGCAUUUGAUCCUUGCUUGCUUUUGUGUUCCUCUUUAAGAUUUUCUACUUAAAAAUCAGCUAUCAUUUUUUGUAUUUAUUUUUAUUCGUGAAAUAAUUUUAUUAUUACUUCCUGUAAAUCUUAAAUAACGUAUGCCUAAGUUAUCUAUGUGUAUAUAUAUUGUAUAGGUUUUAGUGUCUUUGUUGUAGUAUGCACACUAACAUUUUUGCAUCUUGCUAAAGUUUGGGAUCUUCUUGGCAAAAGCCUUAAACAAUCAUUUGAUAAAAAAAAUGAUAGAAGUAAUGAAGAGAAUCUAGGUCAAGUGUGACAAAGCUGUUUAAAAGCCAUGACUAAUGAGAAAAAGAUUGUUAUAUUUAUAAAAAUGGAAAAGAUUAUAGUGAAUAUGAUGUUUCAUGUUAUGGAUGAUGAUUAUAUAGUUGAUAAAGAUGUCAAAAAAAAACACCAAUAGUUUUGUAUGUGAUUGUAAAAUAAAAAUGUAGGCCUUGUGAAAUAAGGGCAUAAAUUUAUCUUCUGCAGCCCUAUGUGGGCAUGUGGUCGCAUUAAUUUUUAUAAUCUCUGUAAGAGCUGUUUGGUCACGUUGUACAUUACGUGUCUCUACAUAAAGUAUACAUAAAGCUUGGGAUAUUCAUUAUUGA